UACCUGAGAAAAAAUCAUCAUCAAAAAAAUAUAGACAAAAUUCACUAAGGGAAAAUUUUCUGUUAAGUAAGCAUCAUGUUUCGGAGGGCAUCUAGGGUUUUGUGUUUGCUUAAAACCACCAAUGUCUUAGCUAACACCAAAAUAAGGUAUUGUCGCUUUAGCGACAUUUAUCAAGGCGGCAAGGAUAAUGGAGGCAUUAAACCCUACCAUGUUAAACUACUUGAAGUGAAUAAAGGUAAAGAGGCCAGGAUCAUGGAGUUAACUGCACAAAUCGAAGGCAUCCAAAAUAAGAUCAAGGCUUUGCAAAUGUUAAAGUCAGCGGAGGCAAAGAGUGCCCUAGAUGAAAUGAAUGAGAUCCUAAAGGACCUGAAAGAUGCCCUCCGAACAUUAAGAAUGAGCAAUUAAAAUUUUAAAAUUAUUUAAGGAAAUAUAAAUCAAAGAGUCUAUGGAAUUUACUUCAAAA